AUGUUUGCUACCUUGAGUGAUGAGCGAGCAAAAUGGAAGAUCGCCUCGAGAUUAGAAAAAAAGUCGCUCUUGAUAGCUGCGAACUGCCUUGCUGGCCUUGCCAUCUUUUUCUUCGGAUAUGAUCAAGCUAUGAUGGGCGGUGUCAACGACUCGCAGGCGUACGUAGCCCGAAUGGGGUUGGGUUAUGAAGAGGACGGAUCAAUCACCAUCACAAACACGCUUUUACAAGGAGGCAUCGUCUCGGUGUAUUAUUUGGGAACCCUAGUCGGAUGCUUCAUGGGUGGCUAUACGAGUGACCGAUUUGGCCGCAUCAAUUCACUCGCAUCCGGCGCUGCAUGGGGAAUACUCGGCGCUGUGCUCCAAUGCACGGCAAUGAACCCGACGUGGAUGAUCGAUUCUCGUGGCAUGUUCAUCGCUAUGGAAUUCACACUCAAUAUUGUUGGGGUCGUGGUAGCUUACUGGCUGGGAUUCGGACUCAGUUACAUUGACAACGGCACUUCUGACUUCCAAUGGCGGUUCCCUAUCGCAUUCCAGAUAGUCAUGCUGUUUCUCCUCAUCACCGGCUGCUGGUUCUUCCCUGAGUCACCUCGUUGGCUUUGCAUGGUGGGUCGACGGGAUGAGGCCAUGUACGUCCUAAAGCGUCUUCGUGGAAGUGAAAACGAACGUGCAGCCGAGCUGGAGAUGAGAGAAAUCCAGACCGCCGUCGAAUUAGAAGCGGAAUCGGAGGAAAAGAUUACUUAUUACCACAUGCUGUUCGGGGUUGGCCAAGGAGAUUUGCACAUUGCCAGACGCGUCCAACUUGUCAUUUGGUUGCAAAUUCUUCAAUGCUGGUCAGGCAUUGCCGGGGUCACAAUGUACGCCCCAACUAUCUUCAAGAUCGCCGGCUUCGAUUCGCAAAAGACAAUGUGGAUAUCAGGGCUCAACAACAUAUUUUACGCAUUUGCUACAUUGAUUUGUGUGUUUACUCUGGAUCGCAUCGGACGUCGCUGGACAUUAUGGUGGGGAGCAGCGGGACAAGCAAUUGCCAUGUUCCUUGCAGGCGGCAUGGCUCGUGGUGGAAUUAACAAUCUAGAGAAUCAGGCACCAUGGGGUAUCGCCGCAACCUCAAUGGUCUACCUGUAUACUUUCGUCUUCGGUGCCACUUGGCUCACUGUGCCAUGGCUAUAUCCAGCAGAGAUAUUUCCUCUUAAAGUCCGAGCCAUGGGAAAUGCCUGGGGUGUCGUUGGCUGGAGUCUGGGAAAUGGAUCAUUGACCUUGGCUCUUCCAUACAUAUUUGAUGCCAUUGGAGAGGGGACACUGUAUGUAUUUGGUGCCGUUAAUAUUAUCAGUAUCCCAAUUGUAUGGGCUUUCUAUCCCGAGUCAAGUCAACGUACACUCGAGGAGAUUGAUUUGCUCUUCGCUUCCAAAUCGCCAUUUGUCUGGGACGCAGAAUCGAGUUUCUCGACAUUCAUGGCCGAAAAUCCAAACUUUGGUGCCGCGCGUACGAGAAACAGUAUUGUGGAGGAUACCGAGAAGGCCUAUGAUGCUAAGUCCGAGCACGAUGAGAAUGUAUCUUGCCAUUAA